UCGUAAAUAAUCAAUUAAAAUAUAAAAAUAUGAAUAUAAUUAUAAAAUAAAUGUAUAUAUAUAUUAUUAUAUAUAUAUAAAAUAAUUUAAAUUAGCUAUUAUUGUAUAGUUAGUUAUAUGCAUUUCUAUAUUAUAGUUUUAUUUUAAAAUAUACAAAUAAUAAAAUUAUUUUAUUAUAUAUAUAUAUAUUUUUAAUCAAAUUUGUAUAUUAUAAAUUCUUAAAAAUGUUACGAAUUACAAAUUAUAUUCAAUUAAAAUCGCAAAAUUUUAUCAAAAUCAUGAACAAACACAUGAAUAUAAGAUGUUUAGCUACUCAAGCUAUUGUAAAAAACAUAGCAGAAGAAAAAACAGAAAAAAAUACAGCUAUAAAAUAUCAAUCUUUUGUAAAGAAUAUUUUUAUUAGUCAAUUAGAGACCAGUCAAAUAUUUCCAUUUCCAGAAGUGUUAACUGAAGAACAAAAUGAUACAUUAAGAUUAUUAAUUGAUCCUAUGGAAAAAUUUUUUGAGAAAAUAAAUGAUCCAAUGAAAAAUGAUGAUAAUGCAUCAAUAGAUGAGAAAACUUUACAAUCGAUGUGGGAACUUGGAGUAUUUUGUCUUCAAGUUCCUCAGAAAUAUGGUGGAUUAGGAUUAAAUAAUACUCAAUACAGCAGAUGUGUUGAAAUAUGUGGAUAUAAUGAUUUAGGUAUUGGUAUCACUUUAGGUGCACAUCAAAGUAUAGGAUUCAAGGCAAUACUUUUAUAUGGUACACCAGAACAAAAAGAAAAAUAUCUUCCAAGAGUUUGCAAUGGUGAUUAUGCAGCAUUUUGUCUCACAGAACCAAGUAGUGGUUCAGAUGCUAGUUCAAUUCGUUCUCGUGCAAUAAAAUCUGCAGAUGGUUCACAUUAUAUUUUAAAUGGCAAUAAAAUUUGGAUAUCAAAUGGUGGUUUAGCAGAAAUAAUGACAGUUUUUGCUCAAGUUCCUGUACAAGAUUUAAAAACUGGUAAAAUUAAAGAUAAAAUUACAGCAUUUAUUGUUGAAAGAUCUUUUGGUGGUGUAAUAAGUGGACCACCAGAAAAAAAAAUGGGUAUUAAAUGUAGCAAUACAACAGAAAUACAUUUUGAAAAUGUUAAAAUACCAGCAGAAAAUAUUAUAAAGGGCGAAGGACAAGGUUUUUCGGUUGCAAUGAAUGUUUUAAAUAAUGGUCGAUUUGGUAUGGCUGCUGCUCUUUCUGGAACUAUGCGUUACUGUAUUAAAAAAGCAGUUGAACAUGCAACGCAACGAGUACAAUUUGGACAUACAAUAGAUUAUUAUGGAAGUAUUCAAGAAAAAUUAGGUCGUAUGGCAAUGUUACAAUAUAUAACUGAAAGCCUUGCAUAUUCAAUUGCAGCUAAUAUGGAUUAUGGAAGUCAAGAUUAUUAUUUAGAAGCUGCAAUUUCUAAAUGUUUUGCAUCAGAAGCUGCAUGGUGGGUUUGUGAUGAAACUAUGCAAAUAUUAGGUGGAAUGGCAUAUAUGAAAGAUACAGGUCUUGAACGAGUUAUGCGAGAUUUACGUAUUUUUAGAAUUUUUGAAGGAACUAAUGAUAUUCUUCGUAUUUUUGUUGUACUUUCUGGACUUCAACAUGCAGGAAUUCAUUUGCAACAAUUAAUGUCAGCAAUUAAGAUUUCUACUAUCAAUUUAGGAUUAAUAUUUGAAGAAUUAAGCAAAAGAGCAAUGCGAACAAUUGGAUUUUCAUCAACACGUAAUCUUAUUCAAUUAGUUCAUCCCAGAUUACACAGUAGUGCUACAUUAUGUGCUAAGAGCAUAGAAACUUUUGGUCAAAUAGUAGAAGGUGCUAUUAUUAAAUAUGGACCAAAAAAUAUUGUGGAGCAACAAUUUAUUCUUAACAGACUAGCUCAAGCAGCAUUUGAUAUAUAUACUAUGGCUAUUAUAUUAAGCAGAGCAUCUACAUCUGCAAACAAAAAUCUUCCAAAUAUGGAACAUGAACUUCUUAUGGCAGAAACUUGGUGCAAUGAAGCAACUAAUCGUGUGAAUAAUAAUUUAAAAUUUAAUAAAAAAUUGAAUAUAUUUAAUAACUUAAGUAAAAUUUCAAAGAAUAUGUGCGAUGUUGGUGGAUGUGUUCAAUUAAAUCCAUUAGGCUUUUAAUAAUAAAAUCAAUCAAAUAACUAAUAAAUAAACAUAGAAUUGUAAAUUAUUUACUUAAAACAAUAUAAUUAAUAUUACAAUAAUUUUAAAUAUAUGAAUUUUAAAUGCAUAAAAUAUUUUAAUAUGAAUUAAGAUGUAAUAUUAAAGUUUAAUAGUUUUGUAACAAAAUUAAAAUUUUUUAUACGAAAUAGAUAUAAAUAAACUUAUAUAAAAAAUA